AUGCAGAACGGACAACUCUACACGAUUGCUGACAACAACAAUGUCGUUGCGGAGGGUUUCUUCGAUGUUGACAAUGUCCAAAUGACCUGGAAUGAUGGAGUCCAGGAUGAGGACCUUGACCUUCCUGAGGUCCAGCGUGUCCAUCGUCAUAUUGGUAUGGUUGCGGUAAGUAUGAAACGCUUCAUGGAUGUUACCGCGACGGGUUAUGAAAAACUUGAUGAAUUCGAAGAUGAACAGUUCAACAAUAUGAUUCCCUGCGCUGACUGCAAAGCCAUGGUGUUGGAUCCCGUAGUCGACUGGAUCAGCAAAGUCGACAACCAUGUCAAAGCGAACUUUUCCAACGAGUACGGCAUCAACAUUACUUUCUUCCCACAUGAAAGAGGCCUUGAUGAUCGUGGCGAGAUUGUUGGUGGUGGGAACCAGAGCCUUCGUGACAUCCUCUAG